AAACGAGUCCCGGCAGAAGAUUUCCCUCUUCUCAUCAGCUCACUGUGAGCGAGAGUGACAGUGCACACCACUGACCACUUCAAUGGAUUACUCCGCCUCCCUGCUCCGCCUCACCUUCCUCGCCCUCGGCGCCGCCCUGGUCCUCCUCGUCGCCCGCUCCGCCUUCCGCCUGCCACAUGACAUCGACGACACCGCCUCCAUCUUCGACGACGGCGCCGGCUGCACCCGGUUCUCGCCGUGGGCCUGCGGACGCCAACGACGGACGGACACGGCGCCAAAGCCAAAGCCGUCGUCGCCGCCACGGUCGUCGCAUGAGUCCGACGUGCCGCGCCACCCGCUCGACCCGCUCACGGUGACGGAGGUCAACCGCGCGCGCGAGCUCCUGCGCGCGCACCCGCCGUUCGCGUCGUCGCCGUCGUCCCUGGCCGUGCACGAGCUCGCGCUCGACGAGCCGGAGAAGCCCGUCGUCCGGCGCUGGCGCAAGGGCGCCAGCGACGGGCUCCCGCCCCGCCGCGCCGUGGCCGUCGUCCGCUUCCGCGGCGAGUCCCACGUGCUCGCCGUCGACCUCGAAACCGGCGCGGUCACCCCUCUGCCUGCCCCCGCUUCCGGGUACCCGACGAUGACCAUGGACGAGCAGAGGGGCCUCUGCGCGGCGCCGUUCUCCGACCCGGCGUUCAACGCCAGCAUCCGCCGCCGCGGCGUCCGCAUGGGCGACGUGGCGUGCCUGCCCAUCUCGCCGGGGUGGUACGGCCCCGCCGAGGACGGCGGCCGGCGGCUGAUCAAGAGCCAAUGCUUCUCGACCGAGGGCACCGCCAACUUCUACAUGCGCCCCAUCGAGGGCCUCACCGUGCUGGUGGACAUGGACACCGGGAAGGUCGUCCACAUCUCCGACCGCGGCGCCGGCAUCCCCAUCCCCGCCGCCAAGAACACCGACUACCGCCGCGCCGCCGACGACGACCAGGAAGACACCGGUAAACAGAGCACGUUCGGGUACCAGACGGUGCGGGCGCCGUCGAUGGAGCCGGCGCCGGAGGGCCCGGGGUUCGAGGUGGAGGACGGGCACACGGUGCGGUGGGCCGGGUGGGAGUUCCACCUGAAGGCGGACGCGCGCGCCGGGAUGAUCGUGUCGCGCGCGGCGGUGCAGGACCCGUCCACCGGCGCGCGGCGGGAGGUGAUGUACAAGGGCAUGGCGUCGGAGCUGUUCGUGCCGUACAUGGACCCGACGGAGGCGUGGUACUUCAAGACGUACAUGGACGCCGGGGAGUACGGCUUCGGGCUGCAGGCCAUGCCGCUGGUGCCGCUCAACGACUGCCCGCGCCACGCGCGCUACAUGGACGGCGUCUUCGUCGCCGCCGACGGGCGGCCGUACGUGCGGGAGAACAUGAUCUGCGUCUUCGAGCGGUACGCCGGCGACAUCGCGUGGCGACACUCCGAGAGCCCCAUCACCGGCAUGGACAUAAGGGAGUCGCGGCCGAAGGUGACGCUGGUGGCGCGGAUGGCGGCGUCGGUGGCCAACUACGACUACAUCAUGGACUGGGAGUUCCAGAUGGACGGCCUCAUACGCAUCAAGGUUGGGCUAAGCGGGAUCCUGAUGGUGAAGGGCACGCCCUACGCCCACAUGAACCAGGUCCGGCAGAACGAGGAGAUGUAUGGCACCCUCCUCUCCGAGAACGUCAUCGGCGUCAUCCACGACCACUACGUCACCUUCCGCCUCGACAUGGAUGUUGAUGGCGCCGACAACUCCUUCGUCCGGGUGGAGAUGGCCCGCCAGGACACCGCGCCAGGCGAGUCCCCUCGGAGGAGCUACCUGAAGGCCACCCGCCAUGUGGCAAGCACGGAGAACGACGCGAAGAUCCGGAUGAAACUCUACGAGCCCGCCGAGUUCCACGUCAUCAACCCAACAAAGAAGACGCGUGUAGGGAACCCGGUAGGGUACAAAGUCGUCCCCGCUGGCACCGCCGCUAGUUUGUUGGACCCUGAGGACCCACCGCAGAAGAGGGGUGCAUUCACAAACAAUCAGAUUUGGGUCACGCCCUACAACAAGAGCGAAGAAUGGGCUGGUGGGUUGUUCGUGUACCAGAGCAAAGGGGAGGACACACUGGCCACCUGGUCGGAGAGGGACCGUCCGAUUGAGAAUAAGGACAUCGUGUUGUGGUACACCUUGGGGUUUCACCACGUCCCCUGCCAGGAGGACUUCCCAAUCAUGCCCACCGUCUCGUCCAGCUUCGACCUCAAGCCGGUCAACUUCUUCGAGAGCAACCCAAUCCUCAGGCAGCGGCCUACCCAAGUGAACGACCUCCCGGUCUGUGCUGCUACCGCCUGAGACCAUUGAUUCAUGAUGAUACACUCAUAUCAUCUGUGCUCCGUGUCUAGCUAGUAUGUAUGGCUCUAGGUUUGUGUUGUAUUGUGCUCCCUAUGUUCAUGCUAAUAUGAGGUGAUUUGGACUGACACUCAAUAAUAUAGCAAUAAAUGGAUGACAUAAUUACACAAA